GCAAGAAGAGAAGACAUACUCACGGACUCGGACAACAACAAGAACGAAAUCCGUCAGUAGUGAAAUACCAUCCGUCUGAAGUGAACGCUGUCGCUCCGCGCUCUCUCGCACGUGUGGCCGUGGCGGCGGAUGACUGCCAUCGCGGCUGGUUAUUUGAUGCCGCUUUGUGUCGGUGAUUUUAUAUUUUCUUUAUCCAUAUUUCUCUCUCCAUAGUCACAUUUUCAUUUGAUUAUAUCGCUUUGAAGAGUGGUAGAAAAAUAACACGCUAAGGAAUCGAAUAGAAAUAGUGUUCAGACGUGGUUGCAAUCAAAAUGACCAUUCUGUCAUGUAACGCAUUGAAAUGACAGGUGUUUCGAGAUCAAAGUGUGCUAGUCAAGAGGAAUUCUUACACGUUUCAGUUUUCCCGUCAACAACACUAAGCGACAAGAAAAAACAUUCAUAAUUUCACGAUGGCUUCCAAACCCAAAUUACCAAGCUCCUCGCGGGAGAUGCGGAACAUCGCGGAGAAGAUGCGACGCGACAAACUGAACAACUACGUGUCGGAACUGGCCUCGAUCGUGCCCCUCGUCUGCGGAUCGAACAAGCGCAUUGACAAGACGUCCGUGCUAAGACUGGCAGCCAGUUACAUCCGCAUGCACAAUAUAUUGGGCGACGGAGAUCAGAAAAAAAGGAUCUUGACCACCGGGGGUCCAACCCAGAGAGGGCUUAUGGCUUCCCUUGAAGAGGCCAUCGGUGGGUUCCUCCUAGUCAUGUCGUCAACGGGUAAGGUCGUCUUCAUUACGGAGGCUGUGGAAAGCUUCUUCGGGUACACACAGGUCGAUCUACUGGGAAGCUCCAUUUACAACGUGAUUCACUCAGAGGACCACGAAAUCCUCAGAGAACAGCUGGCGAACAGAGAAUGUUCGCGGGACACCCGGAGGUCCUUCUUCUGCCGAAUGAUGGAGAAGGCCCUGUCUCGCAACGACCCAAGCCGGUACGAGAUCAUCCACAUCGUGGGACUUCUGAAACCCCUUCCGGAGAGAAGCCCAGUGACGGGCGCGUCUAGUCCUUCCAAAUUCACUGUAGAAGAGACAGACAGCACUUAUUCAGACUCAGACAACGACGACAUGCAGAGCGUGUGCUCGACCAACAAAAUCGGGACUCACAUGUUGGUGGCCUUCGUGAGGGUGGUCAAAGACAGACCGAUAACGGAGAUCUCGCUCGUCGAGUCCACGCAGGACGAGUACAUAACCAGGCAUACCAUGGAUGGAAAGAUACUCUACUCUGAUCACAGAAUAUCAUUUGUCACAGGACUCAUGCCCACAGAAGUGAUCGGAACCUCUGCGUUCAAGUAUAUGCAUUCAGAAGAUAUGGUGUGGUCAAUGGUUGCUCAUAAAUUAAUGUUCACAAGUACCCAAGGGCAAGGCUUGGUGUCCUACAGGCUGAAGUGCAAGGGCGGAUCUCUGGUCACCCUCAGGAGUCGUGGUUACAUCGAACUGAACAAAGAAACGGGUCAGGCCGAAACCUUCGUAUGCAUCAAUACAGUCGUCAGCAAUAAGGAGGCCAACGAUGAGAUUAGAAAUCAGAGACGGAAGCUUCUCCCUAUAAUUAUCAAUCAGCAAAGUGAGGACCACCUAUGCUCCGUUCCCUCUUCGAUGCCCCCUGAAAUGCUGUCAAUGAUUGAACAUCUUAUGGAUCCUAAAACCCUACAAAAAAUUAUUGGAGAGAUAGAUCCCACAAUGAAAUCCUCCAAAGCCUUUGGACUAAAUUUUUCAAAGGAAUCAAGGGUUCUAAAAGAAGUGAGUCAAGUAUUUAAAACGGAAACAUUUUCACCAAAAAGAGAGCUUAAAGACUACAAAUCCUCAGAGCUCUCAGAUCCUACCAUGAUUGAUGACUUCUUUGAAAAAGAGGAAAAAAGGGGUUCAAACAUGCCUCAGAAACGCAACUCACAUGAAGAGCUAUGCACCCUCCCAACAAAAAAGCACAAUUCUACUGUACAUAAGCCAAAAGCAGACGUGUAUCAUCAGAGUUACAGCCCGCAAGCCUCGGUCCCAUUGCCACAACUAAGUCCUGAUACAGUUCAACCCAUAUUAUGCUCAUCUGUCACACUUUCAAAUGAAAAGCUCAAUUAUCAGCCAAACAAUAAAAAUAUUGAAUUUCACAGCACUCAUGUGACAGGAAAUUGCCAUUCUACAUCAGGUACGAAUAACAUGCACUUCCAUCAUCAUUCAAAGUCUGAGGGAAAUGCAUACAAGCAUUACCAUGCAACAGAUAAAAAUUGUGCUCACUUAAAUGAGAGUUAUAAAAACUGCAGACUGUGCAGUAAAACUGAAUUCAAUGACAAGUCUUCAGUGACUCACAGUCAAAGCUUUGAUGUACAAAAUGCUUGCAGCAUAAAUUCAGUUGCAGAAUCAACCCCUAAUGCUUAUCGACGUCAAAUUGUAUCUCAGAAUACCAAUUCUUCCAGUUUCCCAUCAUCACACAGCAACCAAUGUCAAAUUUAUGCAAAGCAUGCGUCAGGCUGUGACUUUGACCAGAGAAACAGAAAUUUGCCAGUACCUGUACCUCAUCACAUAACAUAUCCUCAUGAUUUUACAAAUUCAUAUCAUCCAGAGCAGUCUUACUGUUCAUCCAUACCCGAGUUCGACAUUAAACUUCAGAGACUGCCACAAUCACAGGAAGGUCAGCUUUAUCAUCAGUGCUCUAAUCUCCUAGAACAAACUCAGAAUAUUCCACACCAGAGAGUACACUGUCAACAAGAAUGGUUAUCCAAGUCUUCUGUCUCUCAUUCACUGGCAAUGAGUACAAAUCCCAUGGCAACAAACAUGCAACAACUCUGCAGCAUUCCAAACCAGUGUAUGACACCAUCUGCAGAUAACCAAGGAGCAUCAGUUCCAGUUAUGUAUGGACAAACAUGCCCACCAUCAGUGUGGAACACUCAGUGAAGCGUUGCAGGUGAGGCCCCUAAUGUAAGGAAUGUGUAUCUACAGGCUGUGCAAAUAUCCUCAUAAAAUGAUUUGCACUGGACAUGUACAACUACCACCCUGGUUAAACUUAUUUUGUGAUGUUACCAUUGUAAUUAAAAGUGUAUUGUUGUGUUAGUAAUGCAUUAUCAUAAAUUAACAUAUAUAUUUUUUUUCAGGCAAUAGUAUGUAUAUUCAUGUACAAAAUUAUAACCAACCAUCAAUUACGUACCUGUAGUUUUGAAAGUCAAAUGCUCAAUAGUCUCUCAGUACUGCAAUGCUGUAUUGCAAGAAAGGAGUCCGUCCUAUUAGAGGAAUGCCAGACAUAUUUAUGUGUCAGUUCUUUUACAAUUGAAUCUUUAAUAAUAGGCUGUAUUGAUAAUAUAAUUCUCUGCUGAUUUACCAGUGAGAGAACCACUUGAUAUCAGAAUAUUUUCGUUCUUUCGUGAAGUUGGGGUGGGGUCAGAAAUUAAUUUUAAAUUGUGUGGUAUGCAAUGCUUAGUUUGCAAAUAAAUUUCCUCACAUUCUUUACCCUAAAGUAUUAAAUAAUUUUACAGUUACUCUCUAAUUUGAUUUUCACAGAUCUUACCAUUCUGAAAUGUGGUACAAAAAAUUUCUGCUGUAACAAAUACCCUAGUCAAAGCUAGCUUAGAAUAAUAGAUUACUUUCAUCCUACAAAGUGGAUAUUUUGGCCACCCCUUUCAUAGUCUUUUUUUGACUCUGGUCUGGUUAAACCACCUCAUAAUAAUAACAACAAUAAUAUGAUGCGAGUAGUUUUGAAGCAUUUCCUAGUUUUAAGGACUCUGCUAAAGGGCCUUGUGAAACUGAUCAAGAACUACCAAACAUUAUGGAUUUAAGCCUCCUCUGUUUAAUUUUAUGUCCAGAUAAUGUAAUUUAAGAAUUUGAGGAGAUAAACAUCCAUUUUUCAACUUAUAUUUUGCAUAAUUUACAGGAGAAUUCGUGGCUUUAAUUACUGUGGCUGACUCCUCUCGGGUAAUACCUUAGGCUGUUGAAAUAGUAAGAAAAAAUGGAAGAAAAGCAUGCUGAGUGUGUUUCAGUAAAAACCACAGCCUUCCCUACUCUCAAGUUUUGACUUUCCUUCACGAUUCACAGCUCAGGCAUGCUUUUCUCUUGGUUCUUAUAUAUUUCUUCCUUUGCUUAAACUUGUCUGAAAGGUUUCCUUUGAUUCCUCAAAAGACACUGCAGCAAGAUGAGGUCUCACUUAGGAUGUCUUACAAAUCUUGAUGUUCUGGAUGAGAUUUUUUAUUAGUCUGAAGAUCCAACUUACAGAUGCCAGCAAAAUGCCUUAGGUGUAAAUAUGUUUUUGUCGAGCAAACUGAAUAUGUCUCACUUCAUAGUUAAUUUUUUUCUUUUAUCUUAUUUGUUGAUUUAUCUUUUGUUUUUCUUUUUCAUUUGCAUUCAUGAUUCAUUCUUAAAUUGUCAAUUUCCAUUUUUGUACUGGACUGCCUUCCCUAUUGGAGCCUUUGAUCUUGUAGCAUUCUGCUUUUCCAACUAUGUAUGUUUGUCACUUGGCCUUGGCUUAUAAUAAUAAUGAAAAGCAGUUUUAAAGUGGACAAUGUGUGACCCUACUUUGGUACUACAGGUCAGUCUCUGUUCUACUUUGCUACAGCCAAGAACCAUCCUUAACCAUCCCUUAAAAUGAACAGAUUCCAGACCUCAGGGAACUUAGCUAUUCUCUGGCAUCUGAUGUAUGGUGGCAAAUCCUUGGCAUACUUGAGAGUAAUGCAAAUAGUUUCAUUAUUUUUCUCUCUUGGCCAUCUCUAAGAGGAUUUCAGGCACAUCAGAAAUAAUAGUUAUGGAUACAUUUGACCUUUGAAUGUUUGGCCAGCCACCCUGCUUAAGGUAAGUUCUCCAGUUGCUUGAUCAUUAUUCUUAACCAUCAAUUUUUAGAGCAUCUUUGGGUAGUUACAGGGUUUGUCAUGAGACCACACUCAGCAUGCAAAUCCUCUCAAAACAGACUACUACUAGGACCUACUGCCAUCUUUCCUUGUGUGUGCUGACAAGGAAAUAUAAUAUGGCAUUGUUAUAUCCACUAAAAAGUCAAAGGAUGCAAUAUCAAAUAAGAAAGUUAAGACGACCAAUUUUCUUUUCAUCUUCAGCCCCUAAACAGAAAGUACAAAGCAUAUGUCAGGAAGGAUGACUACAACCUUAGCCAUCUUUCAUAACACUCUCCUGCUUUAUUUCCUUUUGAUGACUGCAGGACAAAGAGGGAACUCUGGGUACUGUCUCAUGCAUGACAGAAAAGCUCUCCCUCUUGUAUUCAAAGUUGUACAAGUAUUGCUUGUCCUAUUUUUACAAGUCUGUUAUGGAAUCUUGAUUUGUAAAAAAUCGGUUGAAGCCUUGUUUCGUCAUUGGCUGUUUACUGAAAGUACAAAAGUCGGUUGAAGCCUUAUCUUGUCAUUGGCUGUUUACUGAAAGUACCGAUCCCACGAAGAGGUAAGGUUAACAUCGGGAAAAACCAGUAUAAAUAGCUUACUAGCCUGUUUGUUAUAAGUUAUAAACAAUUAACUAAUAUAAACCUCCCCUAAUAUAUCACAUACAUAUGUAAAAUAUAAAUACCUUUUUGUGCUUGAGACAUUUCUCAACAUCCAUAAAAAAGGUUUUGACAUAAGAAAAACCUGGUAGCAUAAUGAGUCCUAAAAGGGAUUACUCUUAUGGUCUUGAAGGGGCUCCAUAAGAUAGAUCAGCUGAUAUAAAAGAAUUCUCUUUAAGUCGUUCUCGGCCAGUACAGUGCAUUUUGAUACUGAUAGAAUAUAGAACUCAAGUCAAGAGAGCUCUUUCCCAUCUACAGUGACUACCUCCUAUUGUCAACCUGCAAGAUGUGGCACAGUACAUCUUAUGUCAACUAUGUAUCUGUGCAAGACCAAGUCUUCAUUAGUAUUCUCUUUUAGGUCUAUGCAGGAUAAUUAUUCACCAAAUCCCAUGCCUUUCCAUCAGGGAAAGUGGGUGGGUUUGAGGACACUGGGGCUACCAAAAAUAGGGUUUUCCUACAUCAAAACCUGUUGUUUUUUUUUUUAAUAGCACAGCCACUGUUGUCCUCAAAGGAGCUUACCACAGAAAUUGACAGGUUACGAAAUGGCUUAAACUCUCAAGUUUCAAUCCCCAAAUUUUGGUCCAAAGUUGAGCCACAAGUUUUAAACACAUUCUUUAUUCUGUGGCAACAAAGAACAUGAAACUAACAGGAUGUUUUACAGCGACUUAUCUAAGUAUGCUAGGUUUCUUUGCAGUAUUGUGUCACCUUUCUCAGCGACAUCUUUGUAUACGCACCACUUCAAGAAGACCCUUGGUUUUCUGCCAUAGCGCCUAUGGGGUCAGGAUUUAUUAUACCACAGUAUAGUCACAUUUGUACAUGUGAGACAUGCUUGGUGGCAUAUAUACAUCUAUAUCUCCUUUUAAACUGGCUUUUUGCACAGGCCUUUUGCACAUAAUCUUCCAAACAGGGGUUUGGUUCUUGGAAAACCUUUUUUGAUGGGGGGAGGGGGGGGAUGUGAUCAUUUCCACCCUAGCCCACUUAGGACAAUACUGUGUCCCCAAGGGGAGGAAUUCCAUUGCAUGUGAUGCUGUAGAAGAUGACUCCUGACCAUAUCAUUCUUAUUGGGCUCCAUCUUUUCCCUUUCCUUUAAUAGGCAUUUCAGGAGUCGCUUUUCCUUUUUCCCGUAGGUGUUUUUGGACCCUUCAAAAGGGAUUUUCUUACUGCUAUUGUCCCUUCUGUUUUGGAGAGAUAAUCCUUUAGGGGUGACUGGAGACUUAUAUGGAGUUGAAUCAUAACAAACCUUCUUUGGUUUGGGGAAAAAGGGGAAGCCUCAGGAUUUUUUGUUCCCUGAAAUACCUUUUUACAAAACCAUAUUUUGUACAGUUCUGUCACCAGGCUCAUUCCAGAGUUGAGCCACAACAGACUCCUCAAAAAGGUCUUUACAGAAGGGGAUAGAAUGUAAUGAGGUUGCAUUGGGAAGUGACUUUUUAGAGCCUGCCAAUUUUUCCAUUCAAGUCUUUAUGCAACACUUGACAAAAUCAUAGAGUACUCUCUAUUGGGUCCAUAUAAACGUUUUGGCUACAGAGGCAAACAUUGUUCUAGAGGGUUCUGGAAGCCUUUUAACAGAAACUUCCAGCAUACUAGUAAAGGUUAUGAUACUGAGGAGGUGGAGCCUAGCAUGAAACUUGAAUAAGGCUGUCCCCUCCGAGAUUUUUCUCGUUAAGGUCUCAAACUAUUGAGUAACCAUGUACUGAGGGAGCUUUUCCUGUCAAAAGGAAGGACAAGUGUGUUUCAUUCCUUAGUAGGAUUAUCAGACACCAAGACAGUCACAGACGGCUUUUCUGCCAUUAGCUCUCGUUUCCCAGUUCCCACAAAAUUCUCAAAAUUUGCCUUCGCAUGAUUAGUUUAAAAGUGAAAGAACAAGGUUGGGCAUAUUGGGUCUUAUCUAAAUAUAUAUGUAAAACUUCCUUUUACAGUGACCUGAUACAAGGUCUUUUCUAUGGCUUACAAUGCUAUAUUCGUAAGUAGGAUAAGUCUCCUUUGGCAGUUUCUGUCUACUGAAGGAGGGACUAAUCGCCAUUCGGUAUUAGGAAGUGCUCCCAUCCUCUGAAAUUUUACAUGGCAGGUUCACUCAUGGUUUUCCUUUCAUUAACCCUUUAACGCCAAUUGGAUGUAUUAAACGUAGACAUAAAUUGUCUGUCCGGUGCCGAUUGGACAUGUGGUACGUUGAUAAAAAAAUUUUUUUUUUUUAAAUUCGCGGAAAAAUACUUGCAGGCCUACCAGGCAAAAACUUUUAAAUCACACUCCUUGGGGGAUGCUGGGAGCUCACGGAUUAAGGCGUUGUUUUGUUUACAAUCGUUACGCAGGCGCACAAGCGUGAAUUUCUUUCUUAUUGCACUAAAAAGUAUCAGUGACACAUCUCAGAUUUUAUUUCGUCACUGACAUAAUUUUUGCACCAUUUUAAAUCAGCCGUUACAUGGAGUAUUAUAUAUGAAAAUGUGCGCAAUUUCAUGUAGAAUAAAAAAAAAUUACUCAUGAUUGUAGCUUUUAUCAGUUUUGAAAUAUUUUCAUAUAAAUAACGAUAAGUGCCAAAAUUUCAACCUUCAGUCAAAUUUGACUACCGAAAUGGUCAAAAACGCAAUUGUAAGCUAAAACUCUUAUAUUCUAGUAAUAUUCAAUCAUUUACCUUCAUUUUGCAACAAAUUGGAAGUCUCUAGCACAAUAUUUUGAUUUAUGGUGAAUUUAUGAAAAAAACUUUUUCCUUACGUCUGCGUGGUAACUCCUCCGAAAAAAAAAAUAAUUUUUUUCAUGUGAUUGUCGUAAUGUUUGCACCAUUUUAAAUUAGCCAUUACAUAAAGUUUUAUAUGUGGAAAUGUGCGCAAUUUCAUGCACAAUACAACUAAAAACCACCCAUGGUUGUAGCUUUUAUCAGUUUUGAAAUAUUUUUAUAUAAAUAACGAUAAGUGCCAAAAUUUCAACCUUCGGUCAACUUUGAC